AUGACACCAACAGAACCUCAUAAAGCAUACAAUCCCAAAGAAGAAACCAUGUUGUCUAAGAUCUUUGUCACGUUGUUAGCAGCGUCAUCUGCAAUCGUCUCUGUUGCUGCUGACGCCAAAUACUAUGGCGAUGACGGCUACUACAGGGACGGCUACUACAAGGACGACGGCUACUACAAGGACGACUACUACAGUUCACCAAAAGUCGUCGAAAAGGAGGUCAUCAUUGAGAAAUUCUUGCCUCACGAACGUGUUGAACACUAUGGCCCAUACGUUGACGUCUUGGAAAAGGAAGAAUUCUUCAAGAGCAUGAAGUACCCAGAAGUCAUCUACCCCAAGGUUUCUCAAAGAGAAGAAUUGUCAGAAGGACAUCUUGAUGUUCACUACCUCGAAAAGUACCCUCCAAAACCACAAGGAGCUAUCAUCUUCCCUUCUGAAUUUGCUAAAUACGAAACUCACGCUGAAGGCCCACAUGUUCCCCACUUUAAGCCACGAAAGAUCUACGCGGACGUCUUUGAAAAGCAAUUCGUAUGCCCCAAGUUCGAAAAGGUCGUCUACGUCACUAUUCCUGGCAAGUGUACUUGUGAACCAAUCAACGUACACCCAAAGAUCAUCAAGGCUCCUCACUUUGAUGGCAAGCACAUUGGUGGUCACGAUGAUUACUUCGGUCACGACGAUGAAGUCACCAUCAAAGAAUUCAAGGAAGUCAAAAUCAUCAAGGAAGAUGACCACAAGAAAUGGUGGUAG